GCUCCUCUGCAGGUCCUGUACCUGUGGCCCCCAGUCCUUCCACCCCACCUGUCUCCUGCUGCUCUCUGGGGAGCCCCUUUCCCUGUGUUCAUGGCCCUGUCCCCGCAAGGGACCCUGAGCGUGGAGACCCUGGACGACUCAGACCCUGACCCGCCAGAGGGGAGCUCCUUCCUGGAGCCAGAGGCAGAGCACCACACGGACAUCAUCCUGCUGGGCUCCAGUGAGCCUUCCGAGCUGUCGUCCCCCGCUUCCCCAGGGCCCAGCAGAGAGCUCAUUGCGUAUGAAGUCAAGGUCAACGAGAGGAACAUAGAAGACAUCUGCAUCUGCUGUGGAAGUUUCCAGGUGCACACGCAGCACCCUUUGUUUGAGGGAGGGAUGUGCGCUCCGUGCAAGGACAAGUUCCUGGGCCGCCUGUUCCUGUAUGACGAUGACGGGUACCAGUCCUACUGCUCCGUCUGCUGCUCCGGGGACACGCUGCUCAUCUGUGAGAACCCCGACUGCACCCGGUGCUACUGCUUCGAGUGCAUGGACACACUGGUGGGCCCCGGGACCUCGGGGAGAGUCCAGGCCGUGAGCAACUGGGUGUGCUUCCUGUGUCUGCCCUUUCCCCGCAGCGGCCUCCUGCGGCGUCGCAAGAAGUGGCGGGGCUGGCUGAAGGCCUUCUGCGACGGCGAGUCGGAGAACACGCUGGAGACCUACAAAACGGUGCCCGUGUGGAAGAGGGAGCCGGUCCGGGUGCUGUCCCUGUUUGGGGACAUCAGGAACGAACUAACGAGUCUGGGCUUCUUGGAACCUGGUUCUGACCCAGGAAGACUGAAACACUUAGACGACGCCACCGAUGUAGUGAGGAGGGACGUGGAAGGAUGGGGCCCGUUCGACCUCGUGUACGGCUCCACGCCCCCCGUCGGCCACGCCUGUGACCAUCCUCCGGUGUGGUACCUGCUCCAGUUCCACCGCGUCCUGCAGUACGCGAGGCCCCGGCCGGCCCGCCAGCAGCCCUUCUUCUGGAUGUUCGUGGACAAUCUGGUGCUGACCCAAGAGGACCGGACCGUAGCCACUCGCUUCCUGGAGGCCGACCCCGUGACCAUCCAGGACAUCUGUGGCAGAACCAUCCAGAACGUGAACGCGGUGCACGUGUGGAGCAACAUCCCGGCCGUGAGAAGGUGCUCCCGGCGCGUCCCAGGGCCUUGGGGCGCUUGCAGUGGGGGUGGGGACGCCGGCCCAGCAUCAGCGAAGUCUGGGAACACGGAGUUUUCUAGACGGAGCCAUGCCCGGGCAGCCUCCGUGCCCAGGUCAGGGGCUGUGUCCGGUGUGCCUCUUUUCCGCCAGAUUCUGGGCUUGAUCCAGGUCAGGAAUGCCCGCUCCCACUUUGGGGACCUUUCCCCAGCCUCUUGCAUCAAGGCUGCCUGAGGCUGUCCCCUCAGGACUUUGCAGGGCCUCCCUGGGUCCUGAGAAGAAAGUCAACUCCCGGAUACCCGUCACCUGGCCCUGGAAACCACCCAGCCUUCUGGAGCUCUGCCCCGCCCUGCCCUGCACACAUGCACACCCACUCCCACCCACCUGCUCACACUCAUUCACACACACAGGCUCACACACACUGUCACACACAAGCUCACUCACAGUACAUUUCUGGCCUGUACGAACCACUGAAACACACCAGGCCUUGGGCCCUUCUCUGUUGCCAGAACAUUCCUGGGACCGUUCAUUCUCGUGAGCAUCCA